AUGGUGGCACGGAUACAUGCGGAAAGGCUCCGUGUCACGCUUGGAUAUGAAGGAUUAUUUUAUCUGGAUAAUGACGGGUUGAGUGGUGGUCUUGCUCUGUUCUGGAGGAGGAAUAAUACGGCCAGUUUGUUGAGCUAUUCUAAGAAUCAUGUGGAUGUGGAGGUAAGGGCCGAGAAUGGUAAGCAGUGGCGUAUGACAUGUUUCUAUGUACAUUCGGAUCGUAGUAGGAGGUGGGAGUCCUGGGAGUUAUUGGAUACUUUGAAGACUAGAUCCUUGCUACCUUGGGUGGUCAUAGGGGAUUUUAAUAAUCUCUUGUUUCAGUAUGAGAAGAGAGGGGGGAAUCCAUACCCGGAUAAUCUCCUACGAGGCUUUGGUGAGACCCUAGAUGGUUGUGGACUAAUGCAAUUACCUAUGAGGGGCCAUCAGUUUACCUGGGAGAAGAGUAGAGGAACGGAGAACUGGAUUGAGGAGAGGCUUGAUAAGGUGUUAGCCACGGCUGAUUGGUGUGGUCUGAAUGAGAAUGUGGAGGUGGAGAAUAUUAUAGCUCGACCCUUGGAUCACUCAGCUCUCUUCCUUAGUAUGGAUGUGCCAUGCAUGCGUAGGGGAAGGAUUGCGAGGGGUUUUAGGUUUGAGAUGGCAUGGUUCCAUGAUGAGGGGUGUAGGGAUGUGGUGGUGUCGGCCUGGCAGGGUGGGAGGGUUGAGGGGUUGCUGAAUUGUCAGCAGCGGUGUGGGGAGAGGUUGAUGAGGUGGGGCGGUGGGGGCUUCCAUAAAUUUGGAGAGCGAAUUGGGCAGUUGAGAAAGAGGCAGGGGAUUAUCAGAAAUAGGAGGGACCCGGCUGCGCUAGCCGAGUUUCACCAGAUCGAUGUACUCUUAGCCCAGCUGGAAGUGCAGGAGGAUGUAUUCUGGAGACAGCGAGCGAAAAUUAAGAAUAAUGCUGGCAUAUGGGUGGAAGGGAAUAAUAUGUGCUCUGUCAUACUAGACUAUUUUCGGGAUAUUUAUGCAACUGAGAAUACUGCUUGUGAUGAUGCUUUAUUUGAUGAUUUUAUGCCACGAAUAUCACAUGAUCAAAAUGAAUCUUUAUUGCGUCCGUUUGGACUAGAAGAUGUGAAAGAAACACUUAAAUCCAUGUAUCCUGACAAAGCACCAGGGCCGAAUGGAAUGAAUCCAGGCUUUUAUCAGCACUUCUGGGAUAAAAAUGUGCCAGAAACGGUGGCGGAUAUGAGACUGAUUGCUCUCAGUAAUGUUAUAUACAGGGUAAUGGCCAAAAUGAUAACAAAUAGGAUGAAACCACUUAUGGGGGAACUAAUCUCAGAAUCCCAAAGUGCGUUUAUUCCAGGGCGCCUAAUCAAGGAUAAUAUCCUGGUUGCAGCGGAGGUGGGUCAUUACUUGAAUAGAAAGCAAUAUGGGUUAACAGGAUGGAGUGCCCUAAAGCUUGACAUGUCAAAGGCGUAUGACAGGAUGGAAUGGCCUUUUUUGCAGAAAAUGUUGUGUGCCAUAGGGUUUGAUCAGCGCUGGGUGAAACUUAUUAUGCUCUGUGUCACAACUGUAAACUAUACGAUAAUGGUGAAUGGCAUGGCUGGAGGACAGAAAGCGCAGAUGGAGGGGGCUAUACAUGGUUGUAGGGUGGCAAGAGGUGCACCCCCAGUUUCCCAUCUUUUUUUCGCAGAUGAUAGUCUGCUGUUCUUCAAAGUUAAUAUCGAAGAAGCAGGCAGGAAUAAGAGGGCUGUUUUUUCCUAUGUGGAGGACAAGAUCAGACAAAGAAUUGGUUCGUGGAGUAAAAUGUUGCUCACUCAGGCUGGUAAGGAGGUACUCUUGAAAAGUGUGGCCCAAUCUAUGCCAACUUUUUCCAUGAGUGUAUUUUUGCUACCUGAGAUGGUUUGCACAUCUAUUGAGAGAACCAUGAAUAGCGGGUAUUGGUGGGGAACUGGUGCUGAAAGGAAGAUACAUUGGAAAACUUGGGAUAAAUUAUGCAUCCCCAAGAAGUAUGGGGGUUUGGGAUUUAAAGAUCUACGAGCUUUUAAUUUGGCUAUGCUGGGAAAACAGGCAUGGCGUUUCCUUACGAAUCCCAGUAUUUUAGCAGCAAGAAUAUAUAAGGCAAGGUAUUAUCCUAAUACUUCUUUUAUUGACGCCACUAUAGGAAAUUGUCCGAGUUUUUGCUGGAGAAGUAUAAUGGCUGCACAUGGAAUGGUUUGUUCGGGGGUAAGAAGGCGAAUUGGGAAUGGCGCAAAAACAUUAAUAUGGGGUCAUCCCUGGCUACCAGAUAAUCCCAAUUUAUUUAUCCCUGAGGAUGUGGCUCGUAUUACUAUGAUUCCUGUUAGCCCAGAUUAUGAAGACACAUGGUAUUGGAAGGGAGAGAAAAAUGGGGUAUAUUCAGUUAAGAAUGCCUAUAGGCAAAUUAAGGGAGAUUAUGAACAUAACCCAGAGGAUCAAUGUGGUCUAGCUGCAGCUGUGCUAUACAGUAUUUGGAAUGCCCGCAAUGCUGCGGUAUGGGAGCAUGCUCUACCAUGGCCGAACCAGACAUGGCAGCGGGCGGUGGCAGCCAUGCACGCCUACCAGCGAUCACAUCCACCGGCAUGCACACCGCCGCCUACCGUGAUGACCGUAGCAAGUGGCAGCGAGACUCCACGCUGCUACGUCGAUGCAAGAUACAGAUCGGACACCGGAGAAGCAAUGUAUGGAGUGGUGCUCCUCUCUCACCACGGCGCCUUUGUCGCUGUAACAAGUGGAAAGCUCUCGGGUGCUUUCUCGGCUAUUAUGGCCGAGGCACUAGCAUGCAAAGAGGCGCUAUCUUGGCUCAAGGAUCGUGAUAUCAUGGAGGUGGAUAUUUUAACAGAUUGCUUGGAAUUACGAAAUGCUCUACACUCAAGCCCAACGGCUAACUACUCUUACUUUGGGAUCAUUGUGGACCAAUGUAGGACAGCUAUAUCGUUAUUUACAAAGUGUUCUUUAAGUUAUGUCUCUAGAACUCUUAAUUUUCAUGCUCAUACUUUAGCUUCGUUAGCUUUCGAUCAGGAACAAUCUAUGUACUGGGACUCUGUCCCUCCUAACUCUGUCAUUCAGUUUAUCCAUUAA